GGCGGAUGCACUUGCUCCGGAUUUAGUUGCCGUUAUCAAACGCCGAUUGGAGGGUAAAUAACUAAUCAAGAUGCACCAAGCCUACAGUGUUCAUCCUAUCCUGACAAAGGGCGUUCAAAUUGAGUCUAUUGCUGCUUAUGGCAACCAUGUAAUUUUGGGCACUAACAGCGGACAGCUCAUCAUGUACGUUAUUGAAGACCAGAAGGACGUGGAUAUGCGAAUGUUUAACAACAAUUUCAGCCGGAAAGCCAUCAGUCAGAUGGAGGUAGUUGCCGCCGAGAAUCUUCUGUUUGUCUUGACUGACAACUUGGUGCAGGUGUGCGAUAUUAGCCGGGUAGAGAGUAAUUUCGCCUUCUUGCAUAGUGCACUUAAUACGAAAGGCUGUACCUUGUUUACUAUGGAUGUGGGCUCAGAGAAAUCAACUACCGGUGAGGUGGUUACCCUCAUACGUCUGUGUUGCGCUAUUCGACGAAAGCUAGUGUUCUUCUAUUGGAAAACGAACAUGAUAGACUCCUUAGAGAUAAGCAUCGAUCUGUCCGACGUACCAAAGUCGCUCUGCUGGGUGGGCCACGCAGUCUGCGUAGGCUACAAAGACCAAUAUGUGAUUUACGAUAUAUCUGUCAUACCGCCUAAAAAACACGAUCUGAUACUCACCUCCUCGUCCAUCAGUAGAGAUCCCUGCAGUUGUAUUAUCCGAAAUAACUUGCUGGGAAUUUCGAAGGACAACUACUUGGUUGUCGUCGACCCGAGUCAAUACAAAGACUCAUCCAAAGAGGAGGUGCGCCCUAGUGGUAUGGAGAGCAAGAACUCGCCUCCCCCGAUACCGUGGUCAAGUUCCAUUUUGGGCUUAGUAUGGGAUGAACCUUACGUCAUCGGCCGUGUCAACCAAUCCAUUGAGGUUCGCAGUCUACUGGGAAAGGAUACACUUGUGCAGAACAUACCCGAACUGGCAAAGACCCGGUUUCUGGUUCGGGCCAGCCAGGGAAUCAUUUUUGCUGCCGCUAUCUCGGAGUUGUGGUGCAUACGUCUUGUGGACAUACCCACUCAGCGCGAGCAACUGAUUCAGCAAAGAAAGUUUCAACUGGCUAUUGAACUAACGCAAAUUUCGGAUGAACCAACCGUUGAAAAGACGAACAUUAUUCGCCAGAUUCAUAUGUUAAAUGCCAAAGCCCUUUUCACAAACAAAGACUUUUCGGAAGCAAUGAAGGAGUUUGAAAAGGCGGCCGUAGACCCAUAUGAUGUCAUCCGAUUGUUCCCCAACCUAGGGCCCGAACCAAAUCAAGGUAAUGAAAAUUUACAUGUCCCUGUGCCCAGUGUUCCGAUGCUAGAGGAAACCGAUCUGGAGUAUGCCUACGAAGCUCUAAUAGAAUUUCUGAGUGCUGCCCGCCAGCGGGAAGUGGUAAAGUUGCGUGAUACCAAAAGCACGUCCAAAUCGUUGCUAGAAAUUAUCGACACAACGCUGCUCAAGUGCUACCUGCAAACAAAAGAUUUAAUGGUGGCUCCCAUCCUGCGUCUCAAUCAGUGUCACUUGGUGGAAUCGGAGAGGACUCUCAAAAAGUAUAACAAGAUCUCAGAACUUAUAAUUCUCUACCAGAUGAAAGGCAAGCAUAGAGAUGCCCUUAAUUUGCUUAAGGAUCAAGCAAGUCGAGAGGGGUCAGUUUUGCAGGGUCGCGAGCGAACAAUUCGAUAUCUCCAAGAGCUGGGUUCCGACCAUCUUCAACUGAUAUUCGAGUUUGCUGAUUGGGUUUUGCAGGAAAACCCUGAGGAGGGCCUAACUAUAUUCACAGAAGAGUUAAUCGAGGUGGAAUCCCUGCCGCGUGCCAAAGUGUUGGACUUUUUGGUAAGCAAACACAAGGCCCUGGUUAUUCCCUACCUAGAGCACCUGAUCGCAGUGUGGAAUGAUGAGAACACUCUGCGCCACAACGCUCUGAUCAAACAGUAUUUCGAUAAGAUUCAAAGAAUGUUGACUGAAAAGGAAAAAGGGGAGGAUGUUCCUGAGCUUAAGACCUUACGCGAGAAACUUUAUAAGAUGCUCAAAGAAUCCGAUAAGUAUUCACCCGAUCGUGUGCUAGAGGAUUUUCCUACAAACAUUCUUCUGGAGGAAAGAGCGCUGAUUCUGGGCCGCCUUAAGCAGCACGAUAAGGUGCUGGCGAUCUUUAUACAUGUUCUGGGAGACGUGUCUAAGGCAACGGAAUAUGCUGAAGCCAACUACGAAGAGGACAAUGAAAUAUUCCAUACGCUUAUUAAGUGCAUCCUAAUUCCACCUAAAGAGCCACUUUACGUAGGAGUUCCAUUGCAUACAGAUUUUGCCACGGUCAAUAGAGAGCUAGCAUUGGAGCUGCUUAACAAAUACGCCACUAAAAUGAAUCCAUUUGAUGUUGUCCCGCUCCUCCCCGAUGACAUGCCGCUACCUCACAUUGAGCAAUACCUCAAUAAAUCACUUCGCCACAUACUGGCCGAUAAACACCAGUCGCUAAUCAUGCGUGGUCUGCUCGAAGCGGAGUCGAGCCGCCUGGAAAAGGAGUUGCAGGCCAAAGAAAAUAUCAGCUUUGAAGUCAACGAGUUCACGCUGUGUUCAGAUUGCGAAAAACCUUUCAAUAUUCCCCGGAGAUUCGUUAGAUUUCCCAAUGGUGAUAUAGUACAUCUAUCAUGCUAUGAUCGCCUUGCACAGGAAGCCGGUCAAAAGCAAUAAUAGUUACUAUUUAUAUUACUAUAAAUUUAUUCGUAUGUUGCGAUAUGUGAUAUGAUAAAGAUAAUAUAGUUUAAAAUAAAUAAAACUUUUUAUGCAUUGAGUAUUUCAUGAUAUAAUAAUGAAA